UUGUAGUCAUCCAAAGCAUGCUCUGUUUUCAAAACAGAGGAAACAGAGUAGUCAUAACAGAAUUUCAAAACCUUAUCCCUCAAUUCCCACUUCAAAUGGAUCCCUUCAACUUCCACUCCCCACAAAAUUCCGAUUUCUCGCCGGCAUCCUCUUUUGGGUCAUCGGAUUCCUUCUGCUACGGCCAAUCUUUCGAUGUCAAUUCACUCCCCUUCAACGAGAACGACUCAGAAGAAAUGCUUCUGUUCGGGCUAAUUGCAGAGGGAACCCAAGAAACAACAUCAAAAGCUUCUUCUUCUUCUUUCUCUUCACAGAGUGUGAAGGAAGAGGAGGUCAAUUCAACCUUUGAAGAAAGACCCAAGAAGGAGAAGACCUACAGAGGCGUACGGAGGCGGCCGUGGGGGAAAUUCGCGGCGGAGAUAAGGGAUUCCACUAGACAUGGUGUUAGAGUAUGGUUAGGCACAUUUGAUAGUGCAGAGGAAGCUGCUUUGGCUUAUGAUCAAGCAGCUUUUUCAAUGAGGGGUUCAUCUGCAAUACUUAAUUUCCCAGUUGAGAAGGUUAAGGAGUCAUUGAAGGACAUGAAGUACAGUAGAGAGGAUGAUGGGUGCUCACCAGUUGUGGCUUUGAAGAGGAAACACUCAAUGGGAAGGAAAAUUAUGGGGAGGAGUAAGAAAGAGAGAGAUGUGAGGAUAGACAAUGUGGUGGUGUUGGAAGAUUUAGGUGCUGAUUACUUGGAAGAGCUGUUGAAUUCAUCUGGUGGUGCUGGGCCUUGGUAAAAGGGCAAAAAAAAAGUGAAAAACAAACUUUUUCACUUCUGGGCUAUUAAUUUUCUACUUUUUCAUUUUUACCCCCCAUCUUUUUACUUUUUUUUUUUUAUUGAUUAUGUCCCUUCUUUUGUCUUUUUGUAUAGUAGUAAAGUAGAUUAGCUGAUGAUGAGGGUUGAAAGGAUGGAGGAUUUGUAGUAUUUUAUCUUUGUGGGGUUCUAUUGUAAUCCCUUGAGCCUCAACUCAAUUCAUUAAAGUAACUCUUCUUGUUAAUUUUCUUAAAGCCCAAGAAUGUUAUUGUUGAUUUUGCCAAUAACAGUUGUACACGUGUGUCUAUGUGUGUGUAUAUAUAGGGCCACUCGUGCAUGUGUAUAUGGAUAAUGAAGAAUCUUUGCUUCUUUUCCUUGCA